AUGUCGGACGGAAUCGCUCCAGCCAUAGACAAAGUUGGCGCGCCCGAACCAACGGCCCCCGAAGCCGAGGCUGGCGCUCCCACCAUGGACACCACGAAAGAUUCCUUAGAAACCGCCAAACCGGAGGUCAGCAAGCCCGUUGGUAGUGCUGGUGGUCUCAGCGCUCCGCCCAAGCCUGUCGAAAUCGCCUCUGUACCACAGACGCCCAUCAACAACAUGACUCCAGCUGGCGGUACCCCGCGACCCGUGCUCAACAUCGAGGAGGAGCCCAAGGAAUCUACCCCCAAAAACGAUGAUGAGAAUGCAUUUGUGACUACAGAUGCUGAUGCGGCCUCCGCGCCUCCUACCUCAGCUCUGAAGGAUGUCUCCAUGACGGACAAGCCUACUGGCGACAAGUCCGAAGCCAUCAACGGCGCCAGCAAGCCUGAAGUCAACGAUGUUGCUGAAGUCGCCGCUGGUGAAAAGCGCAAGGCUGAGGAGCCCCCAGCCGCAACCAAUGGCUCCUCUGCUCUCUCUGCUGCAGAGAAGUCCUCUUCGGAGGAGCCCGCUGAAAAGAAGGCUCGUGUCCAAGACGUCGCAGAUGAGCCUACGGCCACCGACGAUGCCCCGCUGAACGGUAAGCAAGAGAAUGGCAAGGCCGCCAAGAAGGACAAGAAAGUUGUCCCUGCUGUUGGAAAGACAGCACGCAAGACGCGAAGUCAGGGCCCCGUUGAGGCCCAGCAGUGA